UCGCCAGUUUGUGCGCAAAUACACUGUCUAUUACGGUCACGUAGCCGUUAACGCCGCACGGACACACCACUCACCGUCACCACCGCCGGCGUACACCGAUUGAGUAAAAGUCAAGAUGGCGACCGAGGGUCAGUUCGAAUACGAAUCGGUCCUCUGUGUCAAACCUGAAGUCAACGUUUACCGAAUCCCACCGAGAGCAUCCAACCGGGCUAUCAGGGCGGCCGAUUGGAAGCUGGAUGCUCCAGACUGGACAGGACGCAUGCGUGUGACGGCCCGAGGCAAAGUGGCCUACGUGAAAUUGGAAGACAAAAUCUCUGGGGAAUUGUUUGCCCAGGCACCAGUGGAGGAGUACCCUGGCAUCGCAGUGGAAACAGUUAGUGACUCCAGCCGUUACUUUGUUCUCCGCAUCCAGGAUGACAACGGCCGCAGUGCGUUCAUAGGCAUUGGAUUUGGAGACCGAGGCGAUGCCUUUGACUUCAAUGUUGCACUUCAGGACCACUUUAAGUGGGUCAAACAGGAAAAUGAAUUUACAAAGCAGGCGCAGGCACCAGACUCUACUCCGAAACUGGACCUGGGCUUCAAAGAAGGACAGACCAUUACUCUCAAUAUUGGGCAAUCGAAGAAGAAGGACAGGUCUCGUCCACAGAGUUCAGGUGGCAUUGGGCUCCUUCCACCUCCUCCUGGGGGCAAGCUAGCACCACCCCCUUCAUCCAGAUCUACUAAUCAUAAUACACAACCAUCUGCAGGAGGGAGUGACACUGGUUGUUUGCUAGACCUGGACUCCAGUAACUCCAACUCAGUAGCUCCAUCCAACCCCACCACCACAACCAGCUCUGACCUGUGGGGAGACUUUGACUCUGUAUCUCCGAAGUGAGGAGAGAUUCACUCUGUUUUCUCCCUUGUAUCUCUCUGUAUAUUUAUGCAGCACUUUUUUGCGACUUUGUUUUCCCCUAUAUGGGGUCCCGUAUCUCUCCCUGCCAAGCAGGGUAACCCCCUGUUCUAGUUUGUUUGUACUUUAGUUCAAUUUCUCAUGGCCUUUGUUCUGAUUUUAGAUCAAGAUACACCCAGACCUCAAAGCACAGUCUUAGAACUACUGGCCAUCACCACCAUCAUCUGUUGUCUAUCUUGGGGCUCUUCUAUCGUCUCUUUUUCUGUGUAUCCAGCUCUCUAGUUUCCUUUUCCCUGUUUGAAUUCUGCCUUUGCCCUUUCCCUCCCCCUUACAGUGUUUUAUUUGCUAAUUUCUAUUGUAGAGUAUACAUAAUAGAAAUAUGAUCAAGGGAGACAUAAUUAGAAACAUCGGUUUGUGAAAACUACUAAAAUAUAAUAAUGAAUGAAUUUUAUUCACAGAGAAUAUUUAUUUUAAAUGUAUAUAUUGUCAGUAGUUUGUAAGUAUCGCCAUUGGUGUCGUCACCUGUAUGUACUGUAGCUUAUUUUUCUUCAAGUCUCCAGCAGUGGGACUGACUAUAUGCACUGACUGACAGUCUAGUCUGUCUUUAUAGUUAGCAAUGCAUAGUCUGAAUUAAACGCAGGGAUUGUCUAAUAAUAGAUUUAGAUCAUUGCAAAGUUUACCACACAAUGAUUUUACUUGAAAGAAACCUGUAAAGCUGUAACUGAUGUACAGAGUACAGAGUCGCUCUCUAGCACUCUCUGGUGGGCUCUUAUAGCUCGAAAGCAUCAUUUUGGAAGAGGAGAUGUCAAAUUUAGAUGCAGCUGUUGAUCACAUAUUUCACUGGGGAUGGGUCCUGGGGCAUUGCGUGAAUUGUUUUAACUGUAAAUCAGUGCAAAGAGGCAGGGAAGUAGGAAUCUUGGAUGCGAUAGGGUCUUAGCAAAGGAAAGUGAGGCAUCAAGUGCUUUUUAUCUUUGCCUCAAGGGGAAAUAGAGAUGAUUUAGUCCGUGUUAUGUCAUCUCUACUCAGCACAGCUGCUAAAGCUGUGACUGGUGAGUCAUUUAGGUCAUGACCUCUUUCCUCCUCAAUGAAUAGGUCUGUGUUUCUGCACCGCCCCGUCAGUCUGGGAAGGGCUUCGUCUCCUUAAAUCUUUAUGAGAAGGUGAGCAGGUUGUAAAACCUCCACCCACAGCAUGUUGUACUGUACAAACAAGUUUUAACUGUGAACUUCAAUUCCAUGUUAAGAUCUAAUGUUUUAAUGGUAUUCUGAUGCAGACAAAUGCAACGUGGGACCAAGUUAGUCUGUGUUUGAUGCAGUGUUUUGUCGUGAUAUUGUCAUGUACCAACAGAUACGGAUCAUGUUACGCUGAUAUCACCUGCAUGUGUGUGUGCGCCGACAAGUGGUGUGAUGAUGGAUCUUGAUCAGAACACACACAGAGAUUGUGUGAGUGUAAAGCCCUAACAAUGUUCGUCAGUGUUUGUUUACUGUUCAAGUUAUAUGCAUUUCUCCCAAAUGUUACUUGUUAUUCAAACUGUAUAUGUCUAUGGAAAUGUAUAUGGAAUUGAAUAUGCAAAGAAAAACAUAAAGAUAUCUCUUAAUGACCAUAA